AUGACAAACCUUCGUCAUUUAGUAUUCUUAGAAAAGAAACUAGUAUCGAUAGAAAACAGAGACGGAAAGAGCUUGAACAUAACGAACAUAGUGGACGUCGUAGGAGACGAGCUGUUCCUGUUCCUGCUGGAAUCCACAGGAGUGGUGUGGAUAUGCUAUAAGCCGUGGGUCAAGUUCGACGAAACGACGCACCUGAGAUUUGUGAGCUUUAAAUCGUUCGAGUUUGAAGCAACAAACAUAUUCUACUGUCCACUAAAGCACAUACUGAUAGUAAUAGGGCGAGAACAGGAGUACGACUCAAUGCUGAAGUUUAACACCUACGACCUGCUGACGCUGAUGAACAACUACGACCAGGAGCCGCAGAUGAUACAGUCGACGCCGCUGUUCCCGAACCUGAACGAGUUUAAGCCGGAAAGCAACAUCAACAUCGCAAUCUCGGAGUGCUGCUCAAUCGUGGCAAUCUCGACGGAGAGCAGAGGAAUAUACUUCUACAAAAACUACGUAAUACCCUCAGACGAUAAUAAGUUGUACAUCAUACCGUACCAGAAGCUAGAGUAUAAAGUGGAGGUGAAGAAGAUACACCUGUACAUAGUAGAAGGAGCGUAUUACCUGAUAGUAGUGACGGAGUACGAGCUGGUCUCAUAUAACCUGACCGAAAACUGCCUGGUCUUCAAGGAGACUUCGGAAGUUAAGCUGGAAGUGUCAUGUAAGCUGAAGAGUAACAAGUUCGCAGUGUACAAAGGGAACAAAAUACAGAUAUACGACGUGGUUAAGGGGCUGAUUAAGCAGAUAAGCACGAGUGGAAGCACGGUGGUGGAACAGGCAGAGUCGCCGACGAACACAUACGGACUUAACACGAGUAACAGAAUUAACUCGAACAACAACAACAACAUCAAGCUGUACAGCUUCAACGAGUACAUCAUAAACUGCAACGUGGAUAACAUAUUCGACAACAAUAACAUCAUACUGAUCAACGUGUACUCGUACCUGCUGGACAUAACAUUCAUAGCCUACAGCUACUACAUACCGAGGCUGGUGUACAUAGUGCAGUCGAUGAAUAACCUGUACCUGUUCACGACGAACACGAACGCAGGGACGAACAAAGACGUGCUUAACGCAGGAAUCAGCGCAACCAGCAACAUACUGAUCUUUGAGCUUAAGAACAAGAACAUCUACGAAAGAAUAGAGAUCCUGAUCAAAAAGAGGCUCUUCAAGUGGGCGAUUAAACUGGCGGAGUUUGAAAAGAGGCCUCUGAACGAAGUGGAGGAGAUAUACAAGAUAUACGCAGACUGGCUGUACACGAAAAACAGAUACAACGAGUCGAUACAGUGCUACUGCAGGAGCGGAAGCGCAGUGGAGCCGUGCUACGUGAUACAGAAGUUCCUGAUACUCAACUCGAAGGUGUACCUCUACAAGUACCUCUACUACCUGCACAUGAACAACAAGGACAACUACAUACUGACGAUACUGCUGAUACAGCUGCUCUACAACAUAAACAGCACAGUUAGCAUUAAUGGUAGUGGCAAUAGCAUUGUAGCUGGCAAUAUGAGCGACGAGGACAUAGACUACAAAAAGGAGCUCUAUAAAUUCCUGAGUAAGUUCGGAAACACACAUAAAAAGAGUAUCAAAGAAGCGAUCGUGGAGUGCAGAAACACAAACAAGUAUGAAUUCGCAAGCCUGAUAGCAAGCUACCAGAACGACACGCAGGAGUUGCUGAACAUACUGCUGGAAGACCUGCAGGACUUUAGAAGCGCAUACGAGCUGCUGAAGAAGGUGGAGAGGAAGGUGCAGUACCAAGCAAUACUGCGGCAUCAUAAAAUACUGCUCAAACACGACAUAGACCAGCUGUUGGAUCUAAUAUGUCAAAUAUUCAACGCAGAGAUAAUGUCAUCAAGCAGCGUGAGCGGAGCAAGCGCAGAGGACGUGGAGGAGGUGGAGUGCGAAAUCAAGCUAGACAGGAUCAUCAACACGUUCAUACUGGAAAACGAGUUCCUGAAGAGGCUUCUGGAGAUAUUCGACAACAAGAACGACUCGCUGCUGCUGUACACAAUAAGGCUGAAUCUGCUACUACAGCAAUACUACAACUUGACACACUCGAAUGGUAGCGGUGGUAGUACCGUUGUAAGUAACUCUAAUGCCAAUGGUAGUACUAAUUCUAACAGUACUAAUUCUAACAGUACUAAUUCUAACAGUACUAAUGCUGAUGUCAAUGGUAACAGUGCUAAUUGUACCACCAAUAGCAACAGCACCAAUGGUGAUGCCAUGAUCAACACUGGUGUCAGCAAUACAAACGGCACAAUGAGUAGUAAUGGCAACAACAAUAUCAGUUCGAACAAUGAGGAUGAAUUGCUGAAAAUAGAGGAUAAUAUACUUAAGCUGCUGAACCUGAACAACGUGAGUAGCCAAAACGAGCUGAUAAGCCUGCUGCUGUGCCUGCUCUACAACUAUAAGAGAGGCUCGAUCAUCAUGAGCAUAAAAAUGGGAUACUAUAACUUGCCCUUGAUACUGCUGGAUAACCAGAACGAUAACAUAAACCUGCUGGAGUACGUGUUCAACUACGGGUACAAUGAGCCGAUAUUAUACGUAAACAUGCUCAAGUUACUGCUAAAGUAA